CAAAUCUCGCCAGCAGUCCAAAUAGAAUAAUUCUAUAACCAUCAUGGCACUAUUUCCCAAUUUACCUGCUGGGGAACCGCCGAAUUUGUCUCCAGUUGAGCUUUCGCAGCUCCUCUCCCGAUUAAAGCAGUCUGUGCUACAUCCGAGCCCCGAACGUGAACGAAGGCUGCGCAACAGCGAGUUUGAGAGGACGAGGGUCGAAGCUAACCUUCAAUAUGCGCGGGCGGCGCUUACAAAGCUAGAACAAACGCUACCGGGAAGGAGAGUAGAUACACAUGGCGAUCUCACAGCGCAAAGGGAAAUCCUAGAUUUGUUAUUUGACCGGUUAGACGACCUAAGAAAGGUGGCUGUAGACGAAGACGAUUCAUCCGAAGGAGAAGAUCUCCUGGGGGAUAUCAUACCUACCCCGAGCGAGAGCGUAGACUCAAGACGAUCAUCGAACGCGCCAGGAGGGGACUCCUUUGAAGAGCCCAAAGUACCAGAGCCCGAGCCCCCUGAACCCCCGACGCAAACUGAAGCCAUACCCGAGCCUCCCACGACUACGACUACGAGCGAACCUGCUGAGACGAGUACACGCGAAGUCCUCCCUACGCAAACGACACAAGCAUUGCGCGCCCGCCACGAAGCCCCAUCUCCAACUCCUUCAUCCCACAGCACAGCUCGCGCCGCAUUAUUUGCCAGCCGCCGCAAACCUGCAAGCCCCCAAACUUCGACAGCCACGGCAGAGGCCAUUCUUGAUCAGCAGCGAGCAGAACAAGAUGCCAUCUCGAAUUCUAUCCUCGAUCUGGCAAGCAAGCUAAAGGAAAGCUCUAAGAGCUUCUCAGCUACCCUCGAAGAGGACAAAAAUCUACUUGGUGCUGCUGGAGCUAGCAUGGAGAAAUCAGAACUGAGUAUGGAGGCGGCACAGGGCCGCAUGGGGUCUCUUAAGAAGAUGACUGAGGGGAAAGGCUGGUGGGGGAGGAUGAUGCUGUAUGCGUGGGUAUAUGGCCUGAUGGUGGCGUUGAUAUUGUUCGUAUUUGUGUUUCCCAAACUGAGGUUUUGAAACGAGAGAUGAAAUGUUGGAGAAAGUUGAUACUGAAUGACGGAUCAUUAUGAGGACAGUUGUAACGAUUACGAUAUUGUACAGCAUAGAUGAAAGCGCUAAUAUUUCUUGACGUAAUGUAAUACUAGGUAGUCGAGCUAUCUCUUCUUGGAAUGGCUUUCUGCCAUAGCUUUGGUUUCAU